AUGCCGGCGGAAGGGACGCGGAUGGCCCGGCUGUGGGAGCGCGAGGUCGGCCGCCUCCCGCCCAAGCGCUUCGCCGACGCCUUCAUGGCCUCCGAGGACUUUGUGCAUUCCCUGGGUAUCCAGAAAAGGCUGCGCAACCACAAGGGUGCCGUGAACAGCAUAAGCUUCAACACUAGCGGGAGCCUGCUCCUGUCUUCUUCAGACGAUGAGACUGCCGUGCUGUGGAACUUGGAAGAGCCAGCAUCGGCACUGAAGUUCCACACCGGGCAUGGUAACGAUGUGCUGGACGCGCGGUUCAUGCCCUUAUCGGAUGAUCAGAGCAUCAUCACGUGCGGCGCUGAUGCCGAGGUGAGGCGUUCACGGAUACAAGAAGGGGGUUGUGUGUCUACUGAUAAGCUUGCUGACCUGAGGUACAUGGUGACCCAGUUGGCUGUUCAGCCGGGAAGUCAUACAUUCUUUAGCUGUGUGGAGGAUGGCUCUGUUUGGCAUUUUGACCUGAGAGAAAAACGCCCCAGGAAGCUCUUCAAAUGUGGUGCAGUUAGAAGCUUUGAUUACUUAUCAGGUGACACCAUGCAACUCUAUGCUAUUGCCCUGGACCCGAGAUAUCCCUCUUGUUUUGCAGUUUCCGGAGAUGAUGAGUAUGUACGGUUAUAUGAUGCCCGUAAGAUUGAUCUGGAAAGGUCUAAAUUUGGUAUCCCAUUUGAGCAAUUCUGCCCUCCAGAUUUGAUUUGUAACAAGAGAGAUGGAAUCGCCGGUUUGGCUUUCUCACAGACCGGCGAGCUAUUAGCAUCCUAUCGUCAUGACAACAUCUACCUUUUUUCGAGAGAGCAUGGGUUACACUUCAACGAUUUUGGUGGCAUUGCCGUGGAGAAGUUGCCUGUACCUCGGACCUUCAAGGGCCACGAGAACAAGCAUGCCAUUAAAGGUGUUAGCUUCCUUGGUCCCAAUUGUGACUAUGUUACCUCUGGAUCAGACUGUGGCAAUAUAUUUAUUUGGAGAAAGAAGGAUGGGGAGCUUAUACGAGUGAUGAAAGGAGAUAAACGGAUUGUGAACUGUGUUAAACAACAUCCUACCGAGAUUGUUGUUGCGAGUUGUGGCAUUGAUGCAGAUGUCAAGAUUUGGGCACCCGGUGAUAAUGAGAACCCCUCCACUGCUCGCUUUGAUGAGGAAGAGCAGUGGUUUAUUCAGAUGGUUCCCUACAGUUGUGCCCUCAUCCGUGAGAUAGAAACGAGAGUUGUGCCAGGAACAGUGGUUUAUAGGGAGCAAGGAACACCCACAGAAGCAGUGGUUUAUAGGGAGCAGUGGUUUAUAGGGAGCAAGGAACACCCACAGAAGCAGAUAGUUGUGCCAGGGUGGGUUGCUGAUGAACGUCUGGGGCUGGUGUCUCUAAUUCUUCUAAGUCCAGAAUGA